GAAGGAGGGUCGGACAAUAAUUCCACAAGCGGUUAUUUAUAGUUCAGUUUACUUUAAAGGGUUGAAUGAAUCAGUUCCUCUAACGUUGAAUUUAGUGUUGUGAUUUUAAUAGAUUUUUCAUUUCCUGUCGCUAUUUAUGGUCUCUUUAAUAUUAAUCACAUCCCAAAUCGGACCGAGGUUAUUGUUCGCGAGCGGUUUGUUACAUUUAGAACCACUUGUCGUUCAGAACUCUUCAAGACUGGAAUUGAAGCGAACCAAAGAAAAAAAUGAGUUUGAUGAUCAUUUGGCUUGUCUCGUGCAUGAUUCCACAGUUGGUGUUUUCCCAGAUGCAUUCCAGGCCGUGUUCAGCCAUCUGCGGUGAUGGUUUACCAGGUGUCCCCGGGGUGCCCGGGCACGACGGAACACGUGGGGACAAGGGCGACCGAGGGCCUGUGGGAGCAUCCGGGGAAAAGGGAGCUGAUGGCCCUCAUGGUCCCAAAGGUGGAAAAGGCGAGCCGGCCCAGGUCCCUCAGAGAAACUGGAAACAAUGUGCUUGGAAAAAUGUCAAUGAUGGGAGAGACUAUGGGCUGAUAAAGGACUGUGCUUUUAUGAAGCAUGCCAAUGACACAGCCUUGAAAGUGGAGUUCAAUGGCGACUUCAGGAGCUGUUGUUGUCUGGAUUGCUGUAAGCGCUGGUAUUUCACCUUCAACGGUGUAGAAUGUAGCGGCCCACUCGCCAUUGAUGGUAUUGACCACAUUCUCCAAAACCACGGCAGACCAGACACCAACAUACACAAAACCACUCAGAUUGAAGGCUUCUGCCAAGGAAUCAACAAAGGAAUCAUCCGUGUGGGAAUUAAUGUCGGGGACUGUGUGGGGAAGAAACCAGGACAUGCUUACACCGGGUGGAACUCCGUGACCCGGAUCAUGAUUGAGGAGGUGCCUCCACCUCAGAACUAGCUUAAAGACGACAAACACAAAGAAAAAGGCCUCAAUUAUUUGCUUUACUGUCACUUAUCACUAUCCUUUGAGUAAAAAAAGGCUGUUUAUUGUUUGAUGCAAGAUAAAGGCAUGUAAAUUUACGCUUAAAAUUGAUUGAUUUUUGUGUUUCUGAACGAGUUCUGUGAACUCCUUGGUGCUCCGUGGGUAAACAAAUUACAUUUACAUUUUUCACAGUUUUAUUUUUUCUAGUCAUUUAACAUGUAGCAGAUCGGUACUCUCUCUUGUUCCUGAAGCCAAUGAGGCUUAUACAAAGGAAUACCUUAAAGAUACCUAGGACAAAAGAAUAAAAAUGCUGCCAUCGGUACAGAAAAUCUCUGCUACAUUCCAGUGUUCUGUUGUGUUUCGCUGGCGAAGAGCGGGGAACUACAUACGCACCGCGCUCCAGCUAAUGAGAGAGGCCUGGGGACAGGGAGGUAUUCUCUAGUGUCUUUUUUUAAAAUUAAACUUGAUCUCAAUUUACACUCCCGUCACAAACUCUAUAUGGUUAAUGUACCUCCGAUUUCUAUGAAGCAGUUUCUAAAGUUCAGGUCAUCUCUAAAUAAUUCGUCUAUUAAGUUUCUUACAGGAAUACAAUAUUCCGUACAAAGAUGCAAAACCCAUACGUUUUACGGACAAAGCUCAAUCAUUUCUUGCUUUGAGGUCCCGUCCACACUACGCAAGGGGAAUUCGAAAACGUUGGUUUCGCUCUGAAAACGCAUCAAAUGUUUUCCGUUCACACUACGCCGGAGGAAUUUGAACAGGAAAAAGUAACAAUCGCCGGUCAUUUUGGAUUUGCGCGCGAGUUGAGCAAAACUCCAGCAGGGACAUAUCACGAUUAUUGUCAUCACCUCAUCAUUUCGAAAAGCUCCGUUUUCAAAAUGUUUUCUGGCCUUGGCACACUAAAACGCAAAGCGGGCGUUUUCAAAUUCCUCCGGUUUGAAGAGUGUUUUCGAAAAGCUCCGCUUUGGUGACGGAUCUGAGUGUGGACAGAAGCCCUAAUUGGGGAAAUAGAGCUCGUUUUCAAAUGCCUUCGGCGCAGUGUGGAUGAGUGUGCACUUCAACGCGUCUACCAUCCUAGAUGUUCCAAAACCGGUAACACGUGGGUAAGUGGGUAUAUUCUUGCGUUUUGUACUGAGGAAUAUAAUGUGUAUUUGAAUCAUUGACCAACCAUUUGUGAAGCACUGAACCAAUAUUGAUACAUCUUGAUGUCAACCAAACACUAGUAGAAAUAUUUCACAUGUUGAACUAAUCGGAGAGAGUCUUUAAGCGGGCAGUAUACACUAGAAAGCUAGGAAUUAUGUUCAAAAGCGUACGAGUUGUUCACAGAGUGGUAGAUUUAGUAUUACAAUGUUAAUUCCAAACUAAAGAAAUUAAGUCUAACAAAUAUCUCAUUGGAAGAAAAGCCGGACUAUAAUUUGACAACCGGUUAUUUCAAUUCCUUUAAUUCUUCGGAGUAGAAUGAACCAGUUCCUCUUUGAGUUGAAUUUAGGUUUUUCAC